AUGUCGCUCGAAAACCCCUCAACGGUGCUCUACAAGGAGAUUAAUGGAAGCAAGAUCACCACGGAUAUCUACCUUCCAAAGACCACCUCCUCAUCGCCCUUGAAAUAUCCCGUUAUAAUUGAUAUCCAUGGCGGUGCUUUUAUGCUUGGCCAUUCACGCAUGGUCUCUCUGCCUCAGGUAAACGACUGCCUGGAGCGCGGAUGGAUCGUGCUCGUGCCGAAUCACCGACUUUGUCCCGGUGUCGAUUUGCUCGAGGGACCCAUGCAGGAUAUUCGUGAUUUGCUCGCUUGGGUUUAUGAUGGAAGUCUUGACACUGUCCUGGCCGAGCAGGGGCCGUACCGGGUGGAUAUGGAUAAUGUUGCUGCAUUCGGAACUUCAUCAGGUGGGCAUUUGGCUCUCGGUUUGGGUUUCAAUACACCCAAACAACCCAAGGCUAUCCUCUCCAUGUAUGGCGCCGUACACUUUACACACCCAUUCUGGAAGACAGCCCUUCCUCAUGUCGCAGCCAAGCUCCCACCUAACCUGGAAGAAUCCUUCCUCAACAAAAUCUACGACGAGAUCCCCGUUCCAACAGACAGUUCAGUCUCCCUAGAAGGACAGAGCGAGUCUGGCGCCUCAAAGGGUCCGAAUUUCUCGCAGCCGCGCGACGCUUUCGCCUUCACACAGAUCUCUUCCGGCAAAGUUCUUUCUGCUAUCUACCCUGCCGGUGAAUCUGGGGGCUCCGAUGAAGGUUUCAAGUUGGUUGAUCCGGUGCAGAACGUCACUGGCGAUUUCCCGCCUACCUAUAUUGUGCAUGGACUUGCCGAUACAAUGGUCUCAAUCGAUGUGAGCAGGGAGUUGUAUAAGCGCUUGACGGACGCUGGAGUCCCCUGUGGAAUGACCGAGGUUCCUGGGGAAGAACACACGUUUGCGAUGAUGAUGAAGGUCGGGUCAAAGACUUGGUGGUUACAGCGGGAAGGAUUUGAUUUCUUGGAAAUGUAUAUUGGAAAGGGACCGCUGUAA